CUUGCCUGAAAUGCAUUGACGCCCUGAUACCAGGCAUUCUUAAGGUUGGACAGAUGGCAAGCGCAAUGAUGGCGUGGCAGCCUACGUACUACUUCCUAUACUUCCCCUAGCCGACCCCAAUUCAAUUGGUUUACGGGGGCAAUAUUCAGCACGCAAUCGACUUUCCUAUUUCCUAUCUACCUCCUAUCCUAACGAUUUUCGAUCUUAUGAAAUCGAGCUGUCUUCAGAUAACGGGCUCAACUGCCUACCCUGUGCACCAACCGACCGCCAUUGACUGUUACAUGUGUGCUCAGUGGCACCAGACAUCGACAGAGGGAGAAAAGCAUUGAUUGGGGUCGUCGAUCUUGGUCGUGGCACUCCCACACGCACCACCAAGACCACGACUGCGCUACCCACCUUGUCUAGAGCGUCCAGAGCACGCAGCCCGGCCGAAAGACGAAGGCUGCCUCCCUCGGUACGGGCACAUCUAGAUAUCAUCUAAAUACCCAUAGCCGGCAUACCGAGCCGUAAGAGGGGAAGAAAGGCGGCGAGCACCCGAUCGCUGCCUACCAUGGCCUACCGGAUCCUCGCGCUGCUCGUUUGCGGCGUCGUGGCCUGCCUGGCUUCUAUCAUCUCCAUCAUGACACACCAGCAACCGCCACGAUGCAUCAUGUACCUCACUGGGCAACACAACGUGGUACCUGACAUGGGCCAGCUUGGCCAUGUGACCCACGUCGCGCUAGCCUUUAUGAGGUCGACUGACUUCAACGAUGACGCGCGCGUCGACUGGCCCAUGUUCACCACGGUCGACACGGCCCGUCGCCAGUUCGUCCCUGGCACCAAGGUCAUGGUGGCCAUCGGCGGCUGGGGCGACACCGAGGGCUUCGCCACGGCCGCCCGUACCGAAGAGUCCCGCCGGCGCUUCGCCACCAACGUGGCCCGCAUGGUCGCCGCCACGGGCGCCGACGGCGUCGACGUCGACUGGGAGUACCCCGGGGGCAACGGGGACGACUACAAGCAGGUGCCCAACUUGGAGAGGGCCUGGGAGGUGGACGCCUACCCCCUCCUCCUGUCCGAGAUCAGAGCCGCCCUGGGCUCGGGCAAGGUCAUGUCGGCCGCCGUGCCGGGCCUGGAGCGCGACAUGAUGGCCUUUACGCGCGAGACGGUCCCCCGAAUCCUCCGACACCUCGAUUUCCUCAACGUCAUGACGUACGACCUGAUGAACCGGCGCGAUAACGCCACCAGGCACCACACCGGGGUGCAGCUGAGCCUGGACUCUAUCGACGCUUACGUCGCCCGCGGCGCGUUGCCGUCCAAGCUCAACCUGGGCUUCGCUUUUUACGUCAAGUACUUCCAGACGGAGCACGACAGGUGCCGCGACGCCGAGACUCCCGUGGGCUGCCCGACCUUGCUCCUCGAGGACCCCAAGACGGGAGCGGACCUCGGCCGCACCGGCGGCUUCUCCUGGCACGACUCGGUCCCUAGCGCGGUCCGCGGCUCCUUCGAGACGGCGUUGGCGAACGGCACGUACGACGAGUCCGAGGGCGGCUACUACUACUGGGACUCGAAGCAGGACCUGUGGUGGACGUUUGACACUCCCGACGCCAUACAGAAAAAGUUCCCCAUUAUUGUGCAGAGGAAGAAUCUCGGAGGCGUGUUUGCCUGGGGUCUGGGCGAGGAUGCUCCGGAAUUCAAACACCUGCAGGCCGUCAACGCAGGACUGAAAAAUCUCUUGAUUGUCAAAGAGUCUCCGGUCAGGCGAGAGCUCUGAAUUCUAGUCACACAGGACGGUAUUUUGUGAUGUGAAUAUUCAGCUGGGCGAUGGAGCAGCCGAGGGCGGAUGAUACAGGUUCAUUCGAACGGUCCUCGAGGGUUGGUUAGAAUAAUAAUAAUCACUUUUCAUUUCAGAGGAA